AGUCUCAGCCGGGACAAAUCCUUCCAGUCCGACAACGACGGGAACCAGGUGUUCAAAGGACACAGGAACCUGGUGACCUGCCUGUCGGUGUCGAUGGACGGGACUCUCCUCCUCUCCGGUUCCCACGAUGAGACGGUUCGACUUUGGGACAUCCAGAGCAAACAGAGCAUCCGCUGCUUCGCCCACAAAGGUCCGGUGACCAACGCGGUCAUCAUGGCGGCUCCGUCUAACAUGUUCCUGCCGGACAGCCGGCCGGCGGUUCCUCUGCCGCGCUUCAGCCGACACCUUCACGCCUCCGAGGGCGACGCCGGCGAAUCAGGAGAGGUGUGCGUUCGCCUCGGACUCUACACACAGGAGGAAGACGAAACGUACCUGCAGAAAUCUGAUCGGCUGAACUCUCUGAUGAACGCUGUGACUGACAAGUCUGUUUUCGGAGACGGUGAGAACACGAAGGUCCGAGUCGCCGAGCUCGAAGAGGAAGUUCAAACUCUGAAGAAAGUCAACAAAGAUCUGUACGACUUCUCCAGUCAGCUGUUAACGAAACCCACAUAGACACACACACACACACACACACACACACACACACAUAUACACACCCAGCCAGCAACAAAACACACAUAAACACUCUGUGAUGUAUUUGUGUUGUUUACAAUAAAAGUUGUU